AUGUACGUUUAUCACUAUUGUUUAUGUCUUUUGGCAUUCUCUAUUUUAAUUAAUUCGAGAUAUGUUGAUCGAUCAUUUGAUAAUGAACCAGACGAAGAUUUAUAUCUUCCAAAUAAUUAUUACUUAGGUCGUGCUGGUCGACCGAGUUUUCUCGAACGAUAUUUGCGUAAUCUUAUCGUUGACGAUAUUCGUGAUGGCGAAAAAUAUGAUGAAGGAAUGAUAUUUAAACGGCGAAGUAAAGCUAUUACAAAAGGUGAUCCACGAGAAUUUAUGGGUUAA